UGCAUACGCACAGAAUUUGUUGAGCAACAAAAGAAAUGUGUGCAUGCAUAAUGAGUAAACAGAAACUGUGAAGGCCUGUUAAAAUAGACACUGCAACUAACACCAUUUUAUCUCACCAUCAGCAUGCAUAAAGACUUCUCAUUUGUUUAUAUGUGGAAAAAAAACAAUGUUUUCUUGACUAAAGAUUGUCUGUUGAUAUAACAGCCCUUUGGUGAAAAUGAACAGCACAGCUUGUCAACAGCAUAUGUGUUUUGGAUGUCACCCUGUUAGCACACUAACUCUGCUCUUUCGAAGAUGUUUUCACACAGCAGAUGUUUUCCAGAUCUCCAGCACAAGUAUGCGUGCUAGCUGGGCAGUUCCUAGAAUAGGAUUAAUUGACAAGACAGCCAGGUUCUUACUGGCCAGGCCUACUAUGCUGAACGUCUUGCUAUCAGUAAAUAAGCUACCAACUGCAUGUACAGUAUAUAUAUUUAAAUUUACACGACACAUUCAACUCUAUCAGACUGUAAAGAGUUUCUAUACAAGUAAAAGGCCAGCAUGUAAACUAAUGAAACCACAUCCUGUUGCCAUUACAGAUGCCAAUACAGUCACCACUGCUCAGUAUCUUUAAGACCACGCAGGUGAUCUUUGAACAUACCGAGCAGAUAAUGGAAUUAGAGGCCAUUUAUGAAAUUAUUCAAGACAAAAACAGGAACACAGCUGGACCUCAGACAGAGAGUCAGAACCGAACCGAAUCUCUAAACAGGAAAAAAUGGCUCGUGUGGAUCACAGUGUGUCUUGGGCUCAUCUGUGUUCUUCUGGUGACCGCCCUUGUUGUGCUGUACACCCAUCUGAAAGAAGAGAGAGAUCAGACGAAGAUGAGAAAUAUGAACAUAGCUGAAGACAAUGAAACUCUGAACAGCCUGAAGAUCACUUACAGUCAUCUGACCGAUGAGAGAGAUCAGAAAAAUCUCACGUCUAUGAGUGAGAUGAAGAUGGCGUUAGAGACCAAUUUCAGUCAUCUGACCGACGAGAGAGAUCAGCUACAGAUAAACCUCACGUGUGAGAUGAAGAUGGAGUUAGAGACCAAAGUCAAGAAUUUGAACGGCUCUAUCUGGUACUACAUAUCCAGUGAGGAGAAGAGCUGGUCUGACAGCAGACAGUUCUGUAGAGAUCAUGGUGGAGAUCUGGUCAUCAUCAACACUGAAGAGGAACAGGUCGAGUUUGCGUGA